AUGACUGAAAACUUCAAGCAAAUGAUAUCAGAAUCAUCAUUUUGGCAAGCUGAAAAGAUCGCCGGUAACGAUGAUCUCCUCAGGGAAAUUCUUAUACAUUUGCCGGUUAGUUCUCUUGCCUGUUUCCGGUGUGUAUCUCGUCAAUGGCUUUCUAUAAUCUCCGACCCUGAUUUCCGGCAACUCCAUUCCCGCCAGAGCUCCACUGCCACCACUGGCCUCUUCUUAUUCCGUAAAUCCGACAAAAUGUACCACUUAGACCACCUCCUUAAUUUCUCCAAAACUACUAAUAAGAAAGGAGUUCCUUAUAAUAUCAGUACUUUCAUUGAAAGGUUCAAAUCAGUUGAACCAGUGCACUAUUGCAAUGGUAGAGAGGUUGUUUCCAAUAAAUCACCUCAGGUUGAUAAUGAUGAGGUAAUUUAUUGUGUUUAUAACCCUUGUACUAAUGGAUAUACUAAUAUUCCACUGCCUGAAAUUGAUGGUGAUGAUGAAAUUGUUUCUAUGAAUUUGGGUUUUGAUCCUUCAAAAUCAAGCAAUUAUAAGAUCGUUUGUAUUGUAAGAGACAAGUUAGGGUUAUUUAGGUUUUUCACAUUUUCUAGUGAUACUACUUGGAAGGAAUCGGGUCGGGUCAGAGGAGAGUUUUAUUAUGGAAGAGGUGUAUUCUUGAAUGGUGUUAUAUAUUUUGUUAGUAAACAUUCACAUUUUAUGAGCUUUGAUUUGGAUAAUGAGAGUUUGGAAAUAGUGCCGUGUACUUCUGUUCCUGAGAGGCGUAACGGAAGAAAAAUUAAGUAUUUUGGAGAAUCUGCUGGAAAAUUGCAUGUUAUCGAGGAAAAUGUGCUUCGACCUACCUUACUUAAUGUGUUUGAAUUGGAGAAAGAUUAUUCAAAGUGGUUCGUGAAGUACGUGGUGGAUCUUGAUGAUCUGACUCGUUUGUUUCCUCUAAUGGUGAUUAAUGAGCCUGAGUCUCUUGAUGUCAUCGGUUACCAAUUUGAUGUACUGUGUUUCGUUGAUGGUGAGACAGAAGGGAAGACGAUGCUCAUGUUGUCAUUACCAGAAAAAAUGAUUUCAUAUGAUAUCAAGAAUAUUAGUAUCAAGGAGCUUCUCAAGGUGCCGCUAGAAGAGCUUCAUCUCAGCAUGGAAGGUUUUUUGGUGUACAACUACAAAUGGUAUCAUGCCUACAAGCAUGUUGAAACAUUUGCUCUUGUUUAG